CACCCAUUCAUAAAUGUAAUGGAAGUCCACUCGACGGCAAUUUAAAUUGAAUUUUGAAUUUGCUGUUGUAUUCAAUUGUAAAUACGCGCUGAUAAGGCCGCCAAAUGAAAGUGCAAAUAGCAGUGAUAUCGCGCCGCGCAUCUAACCGCAGUGACUAAUAGCCUCUCAACCGUUUCGUUCGCCCGCGACGCCCUUUGAGUUCAACGCAUUCACAUUUACGAGUGCAGAUUUCUUUUUGUUUUGCCGCAGUGGCCGCGCACUGCUAUCAAAACAGAGACAAAGUUUAAUUGCUAUCUCUUCCAAAGGCACAAAAGACGCAUUAAGGACUAAGCAUGGACACCAGUGGCGGCAAUUUGGAUUCCCUGGACGACACGGAGCCGUUGCCCGAGCUAAGUUUUGAAGACUUUUUGGAGCCAACGUCGGACAAGAGCUCCCAACACAUGGAGAUCGAUGCCCUGGACUCUGAUGAUGAUGACAUCGACGGAGAUGAGCUGGCCGAUCCGGCCAACGAUUCCCUGAACACGCCGCAGUUCAAGAAGAACGUGGUGCACAUACUGGAGGACAAGCGGUUGCCUUCACCCGGAGUUACCGUCUUAAAGUCGCACGCCAUCAAAGUGGUGACUGCUGGGGCCACUUCUCCUGUCAAGCCGCAAAUUAAGGACCUCAAGAUCCUUAACAAUCUGAAAGCAAUACCCAGCAAUGCCGUUAAGAUCGGCAGCACCACUAUUGCCAAUACAUCAACGACGGGCUCCAUCACCAAGACGCUGAGCAACUUGACCCCGAUCAAGACGCAAGAUGGCCGGGUAAUCUUCGUCCAGAAAUCGGUGCCCGGAACACAGACUAAAGCCACGGUGGCCGGCUCACCAGGCGGAGGAAUACGCCGUCUCGUUGCGCCGGCGGGCAUACAGAAGGCGGUCCUCUCCAAGGGCAUGACUCUGGCGAACACUGGUCUGGUCAAGGCGGCGGUGCCGGGCAAAGUAGUCACAACCGGUACAACCGGUUCCUCCAGCUCCUCCUCCACGACCUUCACCAUCAAGGGCAUCACACCGCUGGCCGGAGGCAGUGCAAAGGUGGCGUCUCCUGUCACUUCGCCCACAUGCUCAACCUCGGCACAGCCUUCCAAAAUCCAGGUGGUGCGUACUGCCGAUGGCAAGAUCAUCAAGAUCAACCAGACUUCCUCGGUGUUGCUAAAUGCCAAACAAACAGUAGUUGGAACUUCAGCCCCCCGAGGAACCUCCGCCGCCAAUGCUGUCAAACUAUCGCCAUCCACUAGCAAUGUGGUGGUCGGCAAAUCCGUUGGUCAGGUGGUGCUGAAGACCACAGCUCCUGUGAAGCAAGCUGCAACCACGACGGUGUCCGUUGCCAGUACAACGACAAGCGCAACACCCGGCAAGAUGUUGGUGCAGAGCGGGGGAAAACAGAUUCUUGUGUCCAGCAAGAACAUCAUCAAGCUGUCACCAAAAGCGGGGGCCACCAGUACGAUCAGCAACACGACGGGAGGACAGGCAGCAUCUCCCACGAGUGGAUUGCAUGCUAUUCAGCUUCCCGGCAAGGGAGGAGUGCAAUAUGUACGCGUGCUGACCAACAACAAGAGUGCCGCAGGAUCGAGUGCAACAGUGACUGUGCCGAAGACCAUGCAAACCCAGAAGAUCACUGUGGUGCGGUCACCGGCUGCCACAUCUGCUGCUACUACACCAGUCACAUCUACUCCAAUACCGGCAGUGGCUGCAGCAACAGCAGCGCCAAAGGCAAGCCCUUCCUUGGGUAACACCAACAAGAUUGUAAUGCGGACAACGGGCGGCAGCAUUGUACCGCUCCCCUCGAUGCAGACGUUGGUCUCCAAGCGUGCGCUGGGCGCCAACACGAAUACCCCCAAGCUAGCCAGUGCGACCAACAGCAGCAGUAGCGGCAGCCCUAGUGGUAGCCAGGAGUCACCACGCAAGAACCGGCUAAUUGAUCUCAAUAUGCACUUGGCCUCCGCCAGCAGUGAUGCCAGCGACAGUAGCGAUGCGGGCCCGGAGGCUAAGAAGCCGCGAUACGUGAUCACCAUGCAGCAAGGAACACAGCAGGGUUCGCAGUCAGCUCAAAAGGUUAUCGGACGGCAAACGAAUAUGCAGCGGGUUGUGGCUAGCAACACCAGUCCCAAUGCCCCAAAGAAAAUCUACAACAUUGUGAAAUCGACGGGCACCAAUAAUGGGGUCAAGUACAUGAUCUGUAACUCGGGUGUGCCGCAGUCAUCGACCAGCGCCAUGCGGCGGGGAUACACUGGUUAUGUGGACAACAAGUUGCGGCGAACGCUAUCCAUAUCCUCGCAGCAGCAUCGCUUCAAACAGAUGAAUCCUCAGCAGCAAACAAAACACAUGCAACUGCAGGCGCAGGCCAAGCAGAGGAUAAGGCAGCAGCAGAUGCAAACAGUGUCGAUCAAGGUGGAACCAAAGCUUCCGACACAGCCUCCCAUUCAGAAACCAACUGGUCCUGCCAAGCCACUCUUCGACAUCCUGAAGCCACCGGUACCCGGGGCAGCACCCACCGUCGAUGCUCUAGGCGGUAUGACUACGCGCCGAAAGCACUGCAACUGCAGCAAGUCGCAGUGUUUGAAGCUGUACUGCGACUGCUUCGCCAACGGGGAAUUCUGCCAGGACUGCACGUGCAAGGAUUGCUUUAACAAUCUGGACUACGAAGUUGAGCGUGAGCGAGCAAUUCGCAGUUGCCUCGAUCGCAACCCUAGCGCCUUCAAGCCCAAAAUUACGGCUCCCAAUUCAGGGGACAUGCGACUGCAUAACAAGGGCUGCAACUGCAAACGAUCGGGCUGCCUUAAGAAUUACUGCGAGUGCUAUGAAGCAAAGAUUCCCUGCACCAGCAUAUGUAAAUGCGUGGGUUGUCGAAACAUGGAAGAUCGGCCGGAUGUGGACAUGGACUCUUUGGAUGGCUUGAUGGGGACGAAGAACACAAAAAAGGACAAAGCGAACGAUAAGCAUUCGCACGAUAACCGCGCAAAUGUGUAUUUGACGGAUGAUGUUAUUGAGGCGACCAUCAUGUGCAUGAUAUCGCGGAUUGUGAUGCACGAGAAACAGAAUAUGCCCGUCGAGGACACGGAACGCGAAGUGAUGGAGGAACUGGGUGAAAGCCUGAACCAAAUCAUCACCUUUGCUAAGGAAAAGCACGACACUUCUCAUCUAGAUGAGUCCAAGGCAGCUUCUUAGGGCUGCCACUUUAGUCACACAUGAAUUAGUUUUUAAGUUCAAAGCGUUCUUGACUUUCUUCCCUACUCUAUUCUAUUUUUUGGCUUUCUAAAAGUUGACCUUAAAGUAAAGUGUACAAUUUUAAAAUAAUCUAAACACAAAAUGUAUAUACCAUACAUAGCAAAUUUCAGAUAUAAGAACAUUUUAAUUUGAAUAACCCCUUUGUUGUAAUUUCAACUGAUUGUGUAAAAAACUUUUCCUUGAAGUGGAUGUAAAUAAUAUAAAGACUCAAUAAAGUUUAAUGUCCCUUAAACACUAA